AUGGAUCAACUUAGAAAAGUGCUUGUGCAUCAGACACGUCUCCGUCUCACUGAAACAUGGCUCUCACGUAUUCACAUGCUUAGCACUUGGCUUGACGAACUUGCUUCAGAACUUGCUUCAGAACACGCUAUAGACAAUACCGAUCAAUCUCCUUCUCAAUCCACUGACGAGCUUCCUACUCCUGAUCCCAGUCAUCCAAAGAAACGCCGUACAUUAAACACUUCUUCUGAUAAUAUCUCCUGCCCUUCCUCCAUUCUUCCUCUCUCUUUUUCUGCUUUAAAAACGGGACAAGCCCGCGUAAAACGUGAAUGCUUCCGGGUAUUGCGUGCCUGCGAUGAAACACGUGUCCUUGUCAAUCUGCGGUUCUCUGACACCCCCUCCCAUGCACUUAGGGUGCUUGAAGAUAUCCUCUCUGAGCUCUCUCAGGCCCAAAAUACGUGCAUUACAAUCCGUGCAUCAAUACCACAAUAUGCUUUAUCCCGGGCAGAAGCUCUUCAAAAAGCCUGUGCUGCUGCUCUAACGGAUGCUGCUGCUGCUGCUGGAGCUUCUGCUGUGCUUGAAAUUGAGGAAGAAGCACUUUUCCACCUCUUUCAGCACUUUGCACAGCUUCGUAAUAUUUACGUUGUUCUUUAUACACUGCUCCACAAGCAUCGUGUGCUUCUCGGGCUUUAA